AUGGAAGUCGCCUCACUUUCAUUCAUCACGCCAUCUCCGCUAUACGAUGUCGAGAAACCUUAUGCUAUUCAAACACCUCUCGGUGAUGAUGUACCAAGGGAGGCUCUGUCCAACUUGAGGUACACUCAGCAUGAUGAUAUCCCCCUGACAGAUGCCCGCAGUCUGCCCGAGCAAUCACUGUCUUAUGAAGAGCAAGGCUUCAAGUUCAUACGCCACCCAAUGUUUUCUGCAAAGAGAUUCAGUGCCGACCCAGCUGCAGUGGAGUCUUACUGUCAGCAAACCGUGGACUUGAUCUCGGACGAGUUUCGCGCCGACAAGACCAUCUGUUAUGAUUUCCGAGUCAGUCGAUUCACUUUCGUUCCUCUCCUUCAUCCGGGCUCAAUAAUGACUGAAAAGCCACAGCUGCGCCGUAACCGAACUUCCCCAUCGCUAUACAGGAACAGUGACGACAAAAGCUCGUCCAACGCAGCGCCGCCCGUGCACUCGGUCCACAUCGACCACACCAAAACCUCCGGCUUCGACCGCAUGCGCCGGUACCUCACAGCCUCGGAAGCCGACAAAUACCUCAACGGGGACUAUCGCGCCCGCAUCGUAAAGUACGUACAUACAUACGCACCCACACCAACCGGCCCCGGAUGGGAAGCCUCAACGUUCAAGCUGAAUGCUGACGACUCGAUGGCCUCCACCAGCGUCUGGCGGCCCAUCAACCACGCGGUCGAGGACUGCCCGCUGGCGCUGUGCGACGCCCGCACCAUCUCGGACGACGAAUGCCUCGCCGCGGACCGCGUCGCCUCGGCGGACUUUGUGCUCGAGCUGUACUACCCGACGUACAGCCCGCGGCAGGAAUGGUACUGGCUGAGCAACCAGACGCCGCGGGAGGCGACCGUGUUCGUGCAGUUCGACUCGCUCGCUUUGGAGAAGGAAGGCCCUGUCGGAGGUACGUUCGGUCUCUCCCUCUCCCUCCUCCUUGAUCUGCAGUUCGAAAGCGAUAUAUGGCGAAGAGGGGAAGAAGUUUGA